CGCCGUGCGCGGAAGCGACGCGAACGCCAUGUUCGGCCAUUGGCUGGCGAGCCUCUACGGCGAGACAAGAGUGGAAAUAUGGCCGACAGCGUGCAUCUCUCGGGGUCGUUCGGCGAGGUGUGAAGACUCAACUCUCGGCGCGUUCCCGUGUGUCUCUGACAGCAAUUGCGCGCGUGCGGUGGCACACGCAAGGAUGAAUCCGGCCUGCCCGCCGCGAUAACGUGGAGCCCGGAGCGGAACGGAAGCGAGUCUUGGAUAAGCUGGAACCUUUCGAGUGCGGCAACAUGGCGAGCCCCUCGCCGCAGUCCUCGCCCAUGCCGCCGCCGCAGGCACCCAGCCCCAUGGGUCCCCCGCAGCAGGCGCCGUCCCCGUCCAACGCGCAGGGCAGUCCGAUGGGGCCGCCGCAGCAUCAUCCCCACAGUCCGACGCAGAGCUACCAGGCCGGUCCGCCAAUACCACCGGGCGGACCGCCUAUGACGCAGCCGCCGCAGCAACCCCCGCCUCAGCAACAGAGUUAUUCGCCCCACCCGCAACAGAUGCCACCCAACAUGGGCCCGCAGAAGGGAUCAGGUGCCUUCGACCAUACCUUUUGGUCAUAUAACACAGAUAUUAAUAGUGCACGCGUAGGCAUAAAUUAUGAGAAUCAAGGUCCAGGUGGCCCAGUCGUGCAGGUACCUACCUCCCAAGGUCCUGGAGGCCCAAUGGGACCCGGACAAAUGGGUCCAAAUGGACCACAAAGUGGAUCUCAUAUGAUGCAAGGUGGUCCUAACCAGAUGGGUUCUAACGGGCCUGGACAGAUGGGACCGGGAGGUCCAGGACAAAUGGGUCCAGGAGGACCAGGUCAGAUGGGUCCUGGAGGGCCUGGACAGAUGGGACCAGGAGGCCCAGGACAAAUGGGUCCAGGAGGCCCUGGGCAAAUGGCUCCGUCUCAUAUGGUGCAAGGUGCAGGUCCUGGGGGACCUCAUAUGGGCCAGAGUGGGCCAGGACAAAUGGGCCCAGCUAGCGGACCUGUUCCAGGACCUCAGAUGGGUACUGGAGGACCUCAAAAUUCUCAAAUGGUUCCUGGCGGUCCCGGACAUAUGGGUGGACCUCCAAGUCAUAUGAACGCAAGCGGUCCACCGGGACCAGGCCACAUAACUCCUGGUGGUCCUCCCGGUCCAGGACAUAUGGGUGGCACAGGACCCCCAGUAACAGGACACAUGAAUGCCAGUGGACCUCCCGGAUCAGGACAUAUGAAUGCGAGUGGUCCUCCUGGACCAGGUCACAUGAACACUAGUGGACCUCCUGGUUCAGGUGGUCAUAUAAACAGCGGGCCACCGAUUCCCAGUCAUAUGAAUGCAAGCGGUCCGCCAGUAUCUACACAUAUGAACGCGAGUGGUCCGGGAAGUCAUAUGGGUCCUGGUGCUCCUGGCCAGAUGCCUACAAGUAGUCCUGUAGUGCAUAACAUGGGUCCAGGAGGUCCGAACCAAAUGGGCCCGGGUGGCUCAAAUCAGAUGAUGGCAAACAGUCAAACACAAAUGGGGCCUAGUGGGCCAAUGGGGCCUGUUGGACCAACAGGACAAAUUGGGCCAAAUGGACCUGGACAAAUGGGUCAUAAUGGACCUUCACAGAUGGGCCCAAACGGACCUACGCAGAUGGGUAUGGGUGGUCCACCUGGACAAAUGAGUAUGAAUGCGCCAAGUGGACAAAUGGGUCCUGGCGGACCUGGUAGUCAAAUGGGCCCUGCAGGAGCAAGUAACCAAAUGGGACCAAGCGCUCCAGGCAGUCAAAUGGGACCUACCGGUCCAGGUGGACAAAUGGGACCAGGAAGUGGACCUGUAGGCCAACUAGGACCUAACAGUCUUGUGCAAAUGGGGCCUGGAAGUGGUCCAGGAAAUGUACCAAUGACAACAAGUAGCGGCCCUGUUAUUGGUCCUAAUGGACCUAGCGGAAUAUGUGUGGCCAGUGGGCCUGGUGGACAAAUGACUUCUAGCAGCGGUCCUGGAGGGCAAAUGAGUACAGCAGGUCCUGGAGGCGGCACUGGAGGACAAAUGGGCCCAGGCAACGGUCCUGGAGUGCAAAUGAAUGCCGGCAGUGGGCCUGGCGGUCAAAUGGUACCUGGAGGCAUACCUGGACAAAUGGGACCAGGCAGUGGACAGAUGGGACAUGGUGGUAGCGGACCCGGAGGCCAAAUGGGGCCAGGAAGCGGACCUGGUGGACAGAUGGGGCCGGGCAGUGGUCCCACUGGUCAGAUGGGACCUGGAGGACAAAUUCCAUCUAGUGGUCCGGGGCAGAUGAUGCAAGGAGGUCCGGGUUCGCAAAUGGGCCCGAAUGCUCCGAGUAAUCAAAUGGGACCUGGGCCGAAUAGUCAAAUGGUGCCGUGUGGUCCAAAUAAUCAAAUAAGUCAUACAAAUGCAAGUGGACCAAUGGGACCUAAUGGGCCGAAUAUUCAGCCUCCUACUACUCAAAUAGGUCCCGGCAGUCAAAAUCAAGGCCAAGUUCCUGGUGGUACAACGCCAUUAGUAUCGGGAGCUCCAGUGAAUCAAAUGAGUCAGACUGGAAGUGGACAAAUAGGACCUACUGGGCCUGCAGGACCACCGGGAUCAGGACAAGAGAAUUUGAAUGCACUUCAAAAGGCUAUUGAUUCUAUGGAAGAAAAAGGAUUGCAAGAAGAUCCGCGAUAUUCUCAAUUAUUAGCCUUAAGGGCUCGUCAAGGCAGUGGCAUGGGGGAUAAACAAGCUUUCAAUACACAACAAUUGCAACAAUUACGAGCUCAGAUAAUGGCGUACAGGUUGCUAGCAAGAAACCAGCCUGUACCGCAGCAAGUUGCACUAGCUGCUCAGGGUGGCGCGCCUCCCCCUCCUGGGAUUCAACGCCCCAUAGAUCCGUCUCAAGGCCCUGUUCCAACAGUUGGGCCACAAAUACCAGGUCCAAAUGUUAUUGGUCCCACAGGUGCUCCUAGACCGGGCUGUCAAACACCGCAGCAACAACAACAGCAGCCUCAGUCUGGCGCUAAAGCAAACAGAGUGACAAGUAUAGCAAAACCCGUCGGAUUAGACCCGCUAUUAAUAUUGCAAGAACGAGAAAACAGAGUUGCAGCCCGUAUAUCGCUUAGAAUGGAACAGCUUAGCAAUUUGCCGACAAACAUGCCAGAAGAUCUUCGUAUACAAGCUCAGAUCGAAUUGCGCAUGCUGAGAGUACUAAACUUCCAAAGACAAUUAAGAUCUGAGAUUAUAGCUUGUACUCGGAAAGAUACCACUUUAGAAACUGCAGUAAAUGUGAAAGCUUAUAAACGUACGAAACGGCAAGGUUUACGUGAAGCUAGAGCUACCGAAAAAUUAGAAAAGCAACAGAAAUUAGAAGCGGAACGUAAACGAAGACAGAAACAUCAGGAAUUUCUUAGUUCCGUACUACAACAUGGCAAGGACUUUAAAGAAUUUCAUCGCAAUAAUGUCGCAAAAUUGGCUCGACUUAAUAAAGCAGUGCUUAACUAUCACGCAAAUGCUGAACGUGAACAGAAGAAAGAACAAGAACGUAUUGAAAAAGAGCGUAUGCGUCGUCUUAUGGCGGAAGAUGAAGAAGGAUACAGAAAAUUAAUCGACCAAAAGAAGGAUAAGCGUUUAGCGUUCUUGCUAUCCCAAACUGAUGAAUAUAUCAGCAAUCUUACAGAAAUGGUUAAACAACAUAAAAUAGAACAAAAGAGAAAGCAAGUUGAAGAACAAAAGCGUAAAAAGAAAAAGAAGAAAUUGCAAGAUGGUGAGAGUACUGAAGAUGGUGGAUCCAAUGAUGAUACUCGUGUUGGUGUAAUAGAAACAGCUACUGGUCGCACAUUAACUGGCGAUGAAGCACCAUUAAUGAGUCAAUUGUCGGCAUUUUUAGAAGCUAAUCCCGGAUGGGAGCCAAUUGAAUCAGAUAGCGAAGACGAUGAAGACGAUGAGAAUGGAGAUGACGACGAUAAUGAGAGCAAGUAUAAAGCAAUGGGUGAUUCUGAAGAAGAUAGGGCAAAGAAAACGAUACAUAAAGCGAAAGUGGAAGAUGAUGAAUAUAAAACGGAAGAGCAAACAUACUAUAGUAUUGCUCAUACGGUUCAUGAGGUUGUUACUGAACAAGCGAGUAUUAUGGUGAAUGGAAACUUAAAAGAAUAUCAAAUUAAGGGUCUUGAAUGGCUAGUAUCAUUGUUUAACAACAAUUUGAAUGGUAUUUUGGCAGACGAAAUGGGUCUCGGUAAAACAAUUCAGACUAUUGCUCUAGUAACAUAUCUUAUGGAAAAGAAGAAAGUUAACGGUCCAUUUCUCAUCAUUGUUCCAUUAUCGACAUUAUCAAAUUGGGUUCUUGAAUUUGAAAAAUGGGCACCAAGUGUUGUCGUAGUAUCAUACAAAGGUUCUCCAGCUGGCAGAAGAGCAAUACAAUCUCAGAUGCGAGCUACAAAAUUCAAUGUUCUUUUAACGACUUAUGAAUAUGUUAUAAAAGACAAGGGUGUAUUAGCCAAACUGCAGUGGAAAUAUAUGAUCAUUGAUGAAGGACACAGAAUGAAAAACCAUCAUUGCAAACUUACUCAAGUGUUGAAUACACAUUAUUUAGCUCCGCAUCGGUUAUUGUUAACCGGUACACCGUUGCAAAAUAAGUUGCCAGAACUGUGGGCUCUUCUGAAUUUCUUGUUGCCUUCAAUCUUCAAAUCCUGCAGUACAUUUGAACAGUGGUUUAAUGCACCUUUUGCGACGACUGGCGAGAAGGUGGAGCUAAAUGAAGAAGAAACUAUUUUGAUUAUUCGUCGUUUGCACAAAGUAUUGCGGCCUUUCCUAUUGAGACGCUUGAAGAAAGAAGUAGAAUCGCAGUUACCUGACAAAGUGGAAUACAUUAUCAAAUGCGAUAUGUCUGGCCUACAAAAAGUUCUUUAUAAGCAUAUGCAAAGUAAAGGUGUACUAUUAACCGAUGGAUCUGAAAAAGGAAAGCAAGGAAAAGGCGGUGCUAAAGCUCUUAUGAAUACGAUUGUGCAACUGAGAAAACUAUGCAAUCAUCCAUUUAUGUUCCAAGCUAUAGAAGAAAAAUACUGUGAACAUGUAGGCACACAAGGUUCUGGUGUUAUUACUGGACCCGACCUAUUUCGUGCGUCUGGAAAAUUCGAACUUCUCGAUCGUAUUCUCCCUAAAUUGAAAGCUACGAAUCAUAGAGUAUUAUUGUUUUGCCAAAUGACUCAGUUAAUGACAAUUAUGGAAGAUUAUUUAAGUUGGCGUGGAUUUAUGUAUCUACGAUUGGACGGUACAACAAAAGCAGAAGAUAGAGGAGAUCUGUUAAAGAAAUUUAACGAUCCUGGUUCAGAAUAUUUCCUUUUCUUGCUAUCCACGCGUGCUGGUGGUCUUGGUUUAAAUCUUCAAGCCGCUGAUACAGUUAUCAUCUUUGACUCCGACUGGAAUCCUCAUCAGGAUCUUCAAGCUCAAGACAGAGCACACAGAAUUGGACAGAAGAAUGAAGUGCGCGUACUCCGAUUAAUGACUGUUAAUUCCGUCGAAGAGCGGAUAUUAGCGGCAGCCAGAUAUAAAUUAAAUAUGGACGAGAAAGUAAUUCAGGCUGGUAUGUUUGAUCAGAAGUCCACUGGCUCCGAGCGACAGCAGUUCCUCCAAAGUAUUUUACAUCAAGAUGACGCUGAUGAUGAGGAAGAGAAUGAAGUGCCCGACGACGAGACUGUAAAUCAAAUGAUUGCUAGGACAGAAGGUGAAUUCGAAACAUUCCAGAAAUUAGAUUUGGAGCGGCGACGUGAGGAAGCCAAGUUGGGUCCAAAUCGCAAAUCGCGAUUGUUAGAGGAAGCUGAGUUGCCCGAUUGGCUGGUUAAAGACGACGAUGAAGUAGAAAGAUGGACCUACGAAGAGGAUGAAGACAGAUUCCUUGGAAGAGGUUCAAGGCAACGUAAAGAGGUUGAUUAUACAGAUAGUUUAACCGAGAAAGAGUGGUUGAAGGCAAUUGAUGAUGAUGGCGCUGAGUAUGAGGAGGAGGAAGAAGAGGAUAAGAAAAAGAAAAAGACACGGAAACGAAAGAAGAAAGGCGAGGAAGACGACGAGCCUAUGCCGAAGAAACGAAGAGGUGCCGGGUCUUUGGUCGAUCCUAAAAUGAAACGGGCUAUGAAGAAAUUAAUUACAGUAGUUGUUAAUUAUACCGAUAGUAGUGACGGUCGAUUAUUGAGCGAGCCUUUUAUGAAAUUACCUUCACGAAGAGAAUUACCAGACUAUUACGAGAUCAUUAAGAAACCUUUGACUAUCAAUAAGCUGUUACAAAAAAUUGAAGAGGGCAAAUAUGCUGAUUUAGACGAGCUUGAGAAAGAUUUUAUGCAACUUUGUAAAAACGCUCAAAUUUAUAAUGAAGAGGCAUCCCUAAUUCAUGAAGACUCGAUAGUGUUACAAUCCGUCUUUACAAAUGCGCGUCAACGUCUUGAAGAGGAAGGCAAUAAUUCCGAUGGAGACGACAAAGAUGGCGAAGACGGUUCAGACGCGGAUUCUAGCGUAAGAAUGAAAAUUAAACUAAAAGGAAGAAAGGGUGAGGGCAGAGGCGGUCGUAGAAAGAGAGUUACUAAAAAAUAUAUAUCAGACGAUGAUGACGACGCUGAUGAUAAUUAAAAAGUAUUGUGAUGCGUCUUGCGAACGUAAUUCACAUAAUUUAAAUAUUUAAUCAAAUGAUUUCAAUUAUAUUAUAAUAUCCUACUGUAAACCCUCGAUAUAACAGAUUUUUAAUUUAACGGAUAAGUAAUAACACAUUAUAUAAACGCCGCAUUGCACAGUGCUCCUUUUUUAUCGCAUUUGUCUUUAGUAGCGUGGGGCAGACUUGCUUUGUUUCGGUCUCAAUCUGCCUCAAAAUAUCGUGUGGUCAGAUUGUAUACAGAGUGUUUCUGUGAUUUCUGAAUAAAUUUGCGUUAUUUAUUAAAUAAUUUGAUAUAACGGACUUAUGGCGUUAAUGAACAUCUCUUGCCCCCUAUUAAUCCGUUAAAUCGAGGAUUUAUUGUAUAGCAGAAUCUUAUUGAAGUACAGCCAAGAAUGGCGUGUACGUGUAACUCUAUCAUAGCAGUGAAACACUGCUUUAUUAGUGUAAACUUUUAAUGUGUUGUUAAUUUUUAUAAUUAGUGAGCUCAUCGAUAAAUAUUGAAUGGCAAAUAUUAUCGUACAUCUAUUUAGAUACAUGUAUCUCGAUAAAAGAUCAGUGCAUAACUUGUUCUUCGGAUAAAUAUGCGAAUAAUUGAUUACAUUUACAACGUACUGUACAGACAAAAGAUUAGUAUUAAGAUUGAUUUCAGAUAUUACACUCUUUACUUUGCGAUUAAGUCUAAUUAAAUAUUAUAUUUAAAUUUCGACCGCUGAGUCUUAUUUUGAAUUUUAGUUCUUUAUUUCACUAUUGGGGUUACUAUUGAGGUUAACAUUUGGGUACUCUAUGCCUCGCUGCAGUAGUAUCAUGUUCAUAGAUAUAUGCAGUACAUAAAGUAGUCAUCAGUUUGCUGAAAUGUUAUACAAUUCUUUUAGAAACAUUUUGCGACACAGUUGUGAAUACAUUGGGGAUGUUAAUUAUUGGCUAUUCAAUAAUUUUUCACUAUUGACAUUGUUUUCAAAUCAAUCUGCCUUUGAAACUUUAGUUCAUACAUAGAUAUGUCAUUAUUUAGUUCGAUCCCAUAAGUAUGGUAUACAAGAUUUAUUUAUAUAUUAUGAUAACUAUCCUUGCUUAAUUGUGUAACAAGAGAAAUUGUGAAGAAAACUGAAUUUUACCUAGCAAUAAUUUUUGACAUUUAAACUUGAUAAACUUAAAAUGCAUUUUACUAUAAUUUUUAUGUUUGCCAAAUUUAAAUAUCUCUUUUCCUCAUUUUGCAGUAAAAUAUAAGGGCUAUUAUUUUUCAAUCUUAGAAGAAAAUGGCGAUGAUCGAUGCAGCGAGUAUUCUGUAUAUAAUUGCUACGUGAUACUGAUUUUAAAUAUUAUAAAGGAAAAGCAAGGGGUUGGUCACUGAGAUACUCUUUGUGCAAGGGCUAGGUAAUUGAGCGGCAAUCCAAACGAAAUCUUGGGUAAUCCAAUAUAUCCGGGGUAAUUUUAAAUAUUCUAAGGUAAUCUUGAGUAAUAUGAGAUAGUAUUGGAUUAUCUGUGAGUAAUUUGAGGAAGUAUUACGUAAUCUCUGAGGUAAAUUAAGGGUAAUUUUUGUACACUGUAACCUAACCGCUAGUGACCAACUCCUCGAGGAAAAGUAACUGUAUCUUUGAUAUGAUAUAUUCAUUUUAUCAAUGAAUAUAUUAUAUGAUAGUUAGGAUAUGAUAUAUAUGUAUUAAUCAUGCUAUAUUUAUACUAAACUGCGACAUUUGAUUUUUACAUACCAGAUUAAGGUAAGCCAUUAUACAUAUUCAUAACAAAUUUAUCACAAUUUCUUCAAGGUUUAUAAUGACAACAGUAAAUGUAAUUUUAUGUGUGCAAAUGUAAUAUAUAAUCGAAAAGUAUUCCAAAAAUAAAUUAUAGUAUACUAAAUCAGUUGCGUUAAGUAUAAGUAGAUAAUGCGUGAAUAAAGAGAAAAAAAUUUGUGAAAAGUCGAUAAAAUUUGACAAGUUACAAUUUCUCUAUGUAAAAUUACUCUCUCCAAAUAAAAGUUACACUCUUUAUAACGAUUUUUUGGAUUUUUAAGUCUAAGAUACCACGGUUUUUGUGACAGAAAUUAUUUAUUUGCUGAAAAUAAAUAGAGAUAUAUAUAUAUAAAUGUUACACAAACAGACGAAUUAUAAGAACAAUGUGAAAUAGAUUUAAAACCAUUUCAAAUAUAUUACAUUUUUAAGCAAA